GAACGUAGUGUUUGUUUUCGACUCUUAUCCAUUUCAUUUCCCUCCACCGCGAAAUUUGUGCAGGCGUAAUACAAAACACUUCUUCUCGCUAUCUAUAUAGUAGUAAAGUAUAUCUUUGUUUCUCCUCCCAACAACGAAACGAACGAGAGGUGUGUUUUGUUGGAGCCAUCAGCCAUGUGGAAUGCUUCGAUAAAAGGACAGUGCGCGGCCGAUAGCAGCGGCGCUGCCGCAACUAUCACCGUCAACGCCGGCGAAGUGAAGCUAAAAGCCGCCCUUUCUGAAGCUAAUUUCGAAGUGGGUCCCUCCUUCAGCAACCUUUCCCUCUCUCUCGAAAAACCCGCUUCAUUUAUCAUCGACUACCAUGUUCCCAAACAAGAUUUGAGGUUUCAAUUCAUGAACUCAAUUAGGGUUUUAGACAAGCAAUUGAAUUUGACAUACACGCAUUCUAGGAGAGAGAAAAACUUAUGGUUAGAUGGGACAUUGAUCAUUGAUUCGUCGAAUAAGGUUUCGGCGAAUUAUAAGUUUGAUUCUGGAAAUUGCAAGUUGAAGUAUUGUUAUAGUCAGGAAGGAGGUGUUAGGACUUUUGAACCUUGUUAUGAUGUUUCUAAGAAUUGCUGGGAUUUCAUAGUUUCACAGAGGAUUUAUGGGGGUGAUGUUGUUAAAGCUUCUUAUCAGACUUCUACUAAGAUUUUGGGGUUCCAGUGGUCGCGAACCUCGCCUUUCAGUGGAUCUUUCAAGGUAUCAGCAUCUCUGAAUCUGACUGAGGAAGCAAGAAUACCGAAAUUGAGUGCUGAGAGUACUUGGAAUGUUGAUAUGUGAUUUUCUGGAUUUAGCUGUUCACAUUUUUGAGCCCAUCAUAAAACAAAAUGGUUGAGUAAAAGCAACAUUUGAGUUGCUUGUGGCUAGGUAGCAGGUUGUUCUUCCAAUCAAGUUCAGAGGCUUCACUGUAUAACUUUGAGAUGUUUAGUGUUUAACGCGGUAUUUGCUGAACCUUCCCUUUAAGUCAGUUAGGGCUGGUUUUAUCCCCUCGUUCACUACAACUAUAACGAGUAUCGUGGUUCAGUGUAUAUGAAUUGGUUUUUGUUUCAGUUCCUAAGGAUUGUUUUACCUGUGAUAUUUGGACUCCAUUCUCGUGGCUGUUGAAAAAUGGCUUCAUUUAAUUAAUGAAACCUGGCUCUCAAACUUCAAGAUA